AUGCAGCCACAACUUUCUCCCACUCAGCUCCGAUACCUCACCACCCCACAAAUCGUCCCACAAAUGGGCAUGAGCGUUCCUCAGGUCAACCCAAUGAUGGCUGCUCAAUACGGCUACGCUCAGCUGAUGCAAGCCCAGGGCACACGAAAGAACGCCACUCGAGAAUCGACCCAGCAGCUCAAAGUCUGGCUCAAGGAGCACCAGAAGAACCCCUACCCAACCAAGGGUGAAAAGAUUAUGCUCGCUCUCGUUUCCGGCAUGUCCUUGACUCAAGUCUCGACCUGGUUCGCCAACGCUCGCCGACGACUGAAGAAGGAGAACAAAUGGUGCCCAGAAGGAGGCUCCGAGGACAACGACGGAUCUGAUAGCGGCUCUGUCACCGCUGAAGAUUCUACCUCUUCCAUCGAGCAGCGAGUUCCUACCAUCUCUGUCACCGACGAGUCCGGCUACUCCUCCUCUGACCGCGACGCCGGUUCCCCUCCAGCCUGCACUGUUCCAGUCGCUCCUCCAACCGGCGUCUUCCCCAGCAGUCUCCUUGCUCCUGGCUUCGCUGGCGACAUUCCUCUCCCACGAUACAUGCCCCGAUCGCUUGAAACUUCUCCCGUUUCCCUCCCAAAGCGCAAAGCUGGAAGCCUCUGGUCAAUCGCUGACAUCACCGGCUCUUCAUAA